AGAGAAACCAUAGACAAAGCCAUUUUGGGAUUAUAAGAAUGAAGAUGAAUGAUUGGUGAGUGAAAGUCAAGAGUGGAGAAACAGCAACAGCAUCAUCUUAUUUUAUUCCUUCAAGUACGAGAAACAAACAUCAUCAUCAAAUCAAUCAAACGAAAAAUGAAUUUGGAUUCAGUGAAGAAGUUUUUGGAGAAAAAAGGAGAAACAGCAUCAAUGGUAGAUGGAUUACCCCCAAAAUUCUUGGAACCCUUAACUCUCAGCUCCCUUCACGUCGAUCUCAUCGAACCUGGCCGCGUCGUCUGCUCCAUGAAGAUUCCUCCUCGUUUACUUAAUGGUGGCAAUUCGUUACACGGUGGCGCCACCGCUACGCUGGUUGAUGUGGUGGGCUCCGCCGCGAUUCCAACCGUUGGAUAUUCCUCUGCCAGCACGGGGGUUUCUGUUGAGAUCAAUGUUUCCUAUUUGGAUGCUGCUUAUGUCGAUGAGGAGAUUGAGAUUGAGGCCAGGGCGCUGCGUGUAGGGAAGGCUGUUGCUGUUGUUAGCGUGGAGUUUAGGAAGAAAGAGACUGGCAAAGUUUUUGCCCAGGGGCGUCAUACCAAAUAUCUUGUCCUCCCCAGUAAAAUCUGAAAGCCUGCUACUGAAGUCAAUGUUUCAAUGCUGGCUCACCAUAGUACACUAUCUGCCAUAGAUGUCACACGUCUGAUUAAUUGUAUGUUUGGAUUGACUUAUUUUUAUCAGAAUCAAUUAUGACACUCAUAAGCUACCCCAUAAUUGAUUUUGACUAUAGAAUCAAUAUAGAAUUUUCAAAUAUGCGCUACGUUUCGUGAUGUCAUAGAGUUGCUGCAUGUGGGACUUCACCUUGAUUUUUCUGUAAGUUCAUAUUGAUGUGCAAGGGCAGCUCCUCAUUGUUAAAUGGAGAAGCUGCUAUAUACACUAUUUUCUCCACUCUUGCUUUGAAGGUUAUAUAGCAUAAAUUCUUAACCCA